GUUUGUCACGAUGCUGAAAGUAUUCCUGCUCCUGGUGUGUGUGGCGGCGGCUUGGUCGGACACGCCGGCCAACUGCCUGUACGAGGACAUCCGCGGCACAUGGACCUUCCAGGAGACGGAGCGGUCGGGCGACAGCAGCCUCAGCUGCGACGAACUCGGCCCCGUCGUCCACACCAAGACCUUCACCCUCAGCUUCCCCGACACCGCCACGGACGAGCUCGGGAACGAAGGCACCUGGACGCUCAUCUAUAACCAAGGCUUUGAGAUCAACAUUAACGAGAGGUCCUACUUCGCCUUCUCCUACUACGAGGGCGACUGGCUGGAAGUCACGUCCUACUGCGACCGCACCUUCAACGGCUGGUCACGUGACAAGACAGUGAGGAACUGGUCUUGUUUCAGCGCCCAGAAGGACACGAAGGUGGCGCCCAGGGUGACCCGCCGACCCGUCCAGAGGAACGCGGACGCACCUUACAAAAACGACCGCGACCUCGUCAGGAAGAUCAACGACAGACAGACGUCGUGGACUGCCAGGGUCUAUCCGGAAGAUGAGAAGUACACCGUCGGGGAGAUGUACCAGCGCGCGGGCGGCCUUGCUUCGACCCUGCCCACCCGUCCUUCGCCUGCCCCUGCCACGCCCGAGCAGAGCGCCCGUGUCUCCCUCCUGCCGAAGAGCUUCGACUGGCGUAACGUGAACGGCGAGAGCUACGUGCCCCCUGUGAGAGACCAAGGAGGCUGUGGGUCCUGCUACGCCUUCGCCUCCAUGGCCAACCUCGAGGCGCAGGUCCGGAUCGCCACGAGGAACCAGCGACAGGAUGUGUUCUCGCCUCAGGAUGUCGUGUCCUGCUCGGUGCUGGCCCAGGGCUGCAUGGGAGGCUUCGACUACCUGAUCGCGGGUCGCUACGCCAUGGACCAGGGCGUCGUGGCCGAGGAGUGCAACCCUUACGACGGCUCGGACAGCCUGUGUGACACGGAUACUGCAUGCGCCAAGACCUACGUCAGCGAGUACGUCCACGUUGGCGGGUACUACGGAGCUUGCAACGAAGAGCUCAUGUUGCAAGCCUUGGUCGAAACGGGACCCAUCUCCGUGUCCUUUGAAGUAUAUGACGACUUCAGGAACUACAACGGCGGCAUCUACCACCACACGGGUCUCAAGAACGACUUCAACCCGUUCGAGAUCACGAACCACGUGGUGCUCGUGGUGGGCUACGGGGCAGACGAGGCCACGGGAGAGAAGUACUGGAUUGUGAAGAACUCGUGGGGCGCGAACUGGGGCGAGGACGGCUACUUCAGGAUCAGGAGAGGAACCGAUGAGUGUUCCCUCGAGUCCAUGGCCGUUCAGGUGACCAUCAUUCCCUGAAGUAGGGAAAUGGGUUUAAUGAAGCAAGGGAGGAAACGCUCGAGUUGUUUAUGCAACUGUAAAGUCCUUGAAGUCUAUCAAUAAAUCAGUGUUGAUGUGAUUGUA